ACCAAACCUUACCGACAUCCAGAAAUGUCUUCUUCUGAAAAACGCCUAGAGACAUUCCGAAAUCCAAACUUUCAUUGCGUUAUUUUACCUCAACGAAUGGCAAAUGCUGGUCUCUACUUCACAGGAGAGAGUGACCUUGUGCGUUGUUUCGCCUGCGAUGGAGGAUUCCAUAACUGGGAAGUGCACGAUGAUCCAUGGACAGAACACUGCAGGUGGUUUCCGUCCUGUAGGUUUGCAAGAGAAGUCAAAGGGGACGCGUUUAUCGAGAAAGUUCAAAAACAAACAAUCGGGGCCGGACCGCGUGCUACAAACACAAAUGCAGUAAGUGGGCAUCAGAAUGACCUUAUGAUUGACAGUGGCAUUGAAAGUUUACGCGUCACCAUAGUGAACGACAUGGGCUUCAGCGAAGACACCUUUAACACAGCGAUAAGACAUGUAAAGAAAAAUGGAACUAUACCUAGUAUUGAUGACGUUAUCGCUUUCAUUGAAAACAUGCAACUUCAAGGAACUGAUUCAGAUGGUGACACGUUCAAUCAAGAUCGUGUUCAUGACGACCCAUUUACAGAAAACCAGCGACUUAAGAACUUACUUAUGUGUAUGAGAUGUAAGUCCAAAGACGCCAAUGUUCUGUUUUUACCCUGUGCCCACCAUCGGAUGUGCACGGACUGUGCACAUGGAACCGAGACAUGUCCUGUCUGCCAGCAGACGAUACAAACAAGCGUCCAGACAUUCAUAUCAUAGAAUGUUCUGAAAUGUACCAAAACAUUUAGAUUGCUUGAACAAUAUGAAAGAAUUGUGUCAAUAAAAGGAAUUAACACACAAAUCAUCAAAUAUAAUUCUGCGUAUUGCUUUUACAACUGGUUAUCAAGUGAUUCGACCAAAACUCCAAAACACGCAGGACCAGAUCAUUCCUUGUUUCUAGAAGGCGUUUAUUGUUUUAUCUUUUUUUAUUCAAUAUAAGACAUACAAUGUAUACAUGAAUGUGAUCAUAAAACAAAUCGAUACCAUGAAGCAACAAAAUGUUUAAACAUGUUAUACAAGAUAUGUUAAUAUA